AUGGCCAAGUGCAUUCCCAACGAGGAGGUCGAUGCAUCGUAUAGCCCUCAUCUGCCUGAUAUCUUCACCAAAUCGAAAGUGUUGUUGACGAGUGCUCUGUUGAAUGGUGACUACACCUACCUGGUCAUCCUUGCCAUGCUUAGUGCUUAG